AUGAGUCGUAUACUGGAAAAAUGGACAGAUGAAAUCACAGUAACUGGUCCAGGAACAGAUCAAUGUGUCAUUCUGAAGAAAAGGACAGAAGAUGGUGUUGCAACAAAAAGCAGUCCUUUAGCUACGGAGCCAGUGCCAUUAGGACUACUUGCAGAAAUUAAAAGGCGGACAGAAACGGCGGGAAUAACACUACCUUUAACUUCUACAAAUGAUGUCUUAAAACAAGAAAUGGAAGUAGAUGAGGAUGAAGGUGAUGAAAAAAAGAUACCAAAGGCUUAUGAGGCAGAUGUUGAAAUUGUUGAUAAAGUUGAAUACAAGCAUGUUGAAACCCAUUAUGACUUACUGGUUAAAAAUUUGCCAGUUAUUAAGUCAUGGAUAAUGGAACAUUUGAGACUAGAGCGAAGAAAAGGAUCAUGUAAGUUAUCAAGUUUACGGGCAUUUCUGAAAGGAAAGCUUAAAGAAGAAUUAGCUGUAUCAUCCUUAAAACCAGAUACAUUAAAGAAACUCCUGAGUGAGCAAUGUCAAGAUAUAGUGAAUAUGAAACAAACAGAAAAAUCUCUUAUUGUAUUUCUGAUUGAAGCAAAUGAAGCUGGAGCAACAGAGAAACAAUUAGAGGCACCAACAGCUAUGUCUAUAAUGUCACAAAUGUCUUCAUUUAAGAAUUCUUCAAGUAAGAACCAGGAUACUUCAAAAUCUGAGACUGUGUCUACAGCCAGUUACAUCUCAUUGUUAGAUGAUGAUAAAAAAGACAAAAAGUCAAAUGUUAUUGAUCUUACAGAGGAUAAAGAUCCAGAUCGCCCUCUUUCUCAUUUUAAAACACCUCCUCUUGGUUCUCUUCAAUUUGGGGCUCCAGCAAAUACUCCCCAGGCACCAUCCACAAGCAAAUUUGGAGCUUUUCCAGUGCCUUCAAAUUUGCUGAAACCUUCACAUGGAGGUGUUGAGCCAGUAAAACUUGGAAGCGAACAAAUUGAAAGGGAUGAAGCAGAAAUAGGAAGGAACCAGUUCGUUGAAACCAGGCAUGAUCCAUCUUUGCCAGGAAUUCUUGACCAGGUCAUAGAUCUUACAGUUGUUCCUAUUAAUAAGACUAAGUUUGAAACACAAACAAUAGAUGUGAGACCAGUUCAUGUUCCAUAUGGCAAAAGGCCUUCUAGAGAGCAGGUUGACGUUAUAGCUAAGGAAUGCAUUGAAAUGUUAGCUAUGGCAAAUGAAAGUGUAACUAUGGAGCGUGUAGAGAAGCUUGUCUGUCAGCGUUACCGCUGUUACAACAUUAGACAGCUUGGAAUUCAAUACACCGACCAGAUUCCAUGUAUCAACGAACUCAAUAGACUGUUGUGUAAAGUCAAUCUUUAUGUCAUUGCUUUUGUGAAAUCUCGAUCUAUGUGUACUUUACAUGAACUGAAGGAGUCAUUGCGAGAUUAUGCCACAGAAAAUGGCGAUUUUGAGUCUCUGAAGUUAGGACCUUUGCAGCGGUUCCCAGUUGUAUUUCAGCAGUUCCAUUUCCCGACAGAUCUAGCAGAAAUCCCAGAGAUAACAAGCAUGGAUAUAUUAGAUCAUUUCCACAACUACCUUACAAAGUUUAAGUUGUGGUCAAAAAGGUUGGAACUUCAGCCAUUCAUGGACUAUUUGGUGCACAAAUAUGAAGCGGAUGAUGCCUACAUGUUAGGAUGCAGAAUACGAUCCCUGCCACUAGCAGCAGCUGUUCUGAAGAAAGCCCACAGAGACUCCAGGAACCAUCACCGGCAAAUUGUUCAACAUUUCAAAGAGGAACUAAAAAAUGAAAUGGGAGAUGCUUUCAGAAAAUUCCGAGCAAGCAUCCUGCAGACUGGUGAAGGUGACGGCAUGGAAGUAAGAGAACAUUACAUGAAGAUGAGACCAGAACUGGCCAUCAUGGAAAUUUUUGACAAGUUUAGUGUUCUUCUUAUGGUCACACAAGUGGGCGAUAGACAGACAGCCAAAGGUGCAAAGUUCAGGAGACAGAUUGAGGAAUUCUUGCAGGCAGUGCGAGAUGAUGACCUGUGUAAGAACAUUUUACAUUUAGCAUUAUGUAUGUCAAAUACUGCAGUGGAAGAAACUGCAAUGGAAAUGCUUGUACCCAAAGAAGUUGACAGUGAUGAUGAGAAGGAACAGAAAACGACACAGAAUAAACCCCCACCUCGUAAAGAUGCCUUGAUAGAGUCUUUAAAGACGUACAUUGAGAGAUGUUUGAAUGCAGGAGCUAUCAGUCUUGCUCACUUGGAUCGUAUAGAAGAGAAAAUGCUGGAAGAUUUUGGCUACUCUGCCUUCAGUAUGAUGGGAUAUGGAAGAUUCAUUGAAUUCCUACUUAUGGAAAUGAAACAAAUGCUAGAGGAAAGCGGAGGUUUGUCACUUGGUUCUGGAGGUAGUGACACGGAUUUAUCCUUCAAACCUCACCAGACUGACAUACUUGAGUUCAUCAAACAGUGCAGACAGUGUACACAUACAGAGCCUGAGCAGAUAGAAGAUGCUUUAUGCAAACAGUACAGUGUGAAGGAGGUGCGUCACCUUGGUUAUGGUAACAUUACACGCCUACUUAGCUAUGCUGAUAAACAUGUUCGACAUAUAUAUGGGGAAUGUACAGUGCUUUAUGAAUCUUCCUUAGUUCCAUCUGCAGGUUUAAAUUCAAACUCUGGAUCCAAGGUUGGAAUUUUGGGCCAUCAGACCAGAGACGCUGCAAAAAUCUGCCUACACAACUGCCCUCUCCUGGAGAAUAUGGCUGACUGGAGUCAGUGGGGUCUUGUGUUUGAGCCAGAACUUGGAAAACUGAAAGAUUUUGUGCAGAAAUAUGGAGGUGUGACAACAAAAACAUUGGAAGGUGGAAAGCUAGCUACAUUUGAUUUCCUAGCUCUAGAACUAAAGCCAGGGGAAUAUAUCAAGGUUGUAUCGACAACUUCUCCAGAACAUGUAGCAACAGCCCUUGAGAAUCGUGAUAUUUCAGCAACAUCUGGUCACCUGGUUUCCAUGGCAGUAGCAUACAAGGGUGUUGAAAGUAUGCCGCUGGCUCUGUUGUCGGGGCACGUGAAAACAGCACUGUUACUGAUGCAUGCCGAGGAUCCAUCAACAGAUGCAAGAACAGGAAAGACAUCAGAUCCUGACCACCACAAGGCAGCCAUGUUUGUUCUGCAGUGCUUGUUGCGUAUACCCACCAAGAUAUGUGUGUCCCUGGCCAACCAGAUAUUCCUGGAUCCUUUGGGGCAGGUUGUAGGUUCAUGUAAAUCCAAAGAGCUGCUUGUGCAACUGUGCAAGACUGUGUCAGAACAGAAUCAACUUGUGCAGCUUGGGUGUCUACUUGGAAUACCGGAAUGGACAGACCUGAUUCAGCAGAAAUGUAUACUUCCUGAUUCAGCUAUACAGAUAUUACCUCCAGAUGCUGAAGAGCUCUUUGGGGAAGUAAAUCCUGAUCAGGAAGAAGAAGAGGAGGAGGUGGAGAUGUUUGAAGAUGAUGGUACAGAAGAUGUAGAUGAGAUCUUAGCAGGUGAUCUUGGUAAAGACAAAGCCACACAAAAAGAUUCAGAUACAUCUAAGAAAACAGAGGAUACUGACAUCAAAGACAAGAAAACUGAAGAAAAAGAACUAGAUGUAACUGAAGGCACAAAUGAGGAUGUCACUCUCAAUGAAGAAACAAAGCAAGAUGUCGCUGAUGAACAACUGCAGACAAAAUUGUGUGAAGAUGUUGUGAAUCAGAUACGUAGAGAUGAGUUUGGUGUUGGUAUUCAUCUAAGUGAAGAUGGACAAAGACUUAUGAGGGUACAACAAGAAAGACUGGGUCGAAGUUUGGAUCGUUUAUCUAAAGACCUGUACAGUAAGGAUACCCACUUUGUCCUAGAACUGGUACAGAAUGCAGACGACAACAGUUACCAUGAUAGCCUGCUUAACAACACAACAGAUGAAUGUCCUUCUGUGAAAUUUGUGAUAGAGCAUGAUGGGAUAUAUGUCCUAAACAAUGAACUUGGAUUUACUGAGAAAGAUAUUCGAGCGUUAUGUGAUGUUGGAAGGAGUACCAAAGGAAAACAUAAAUUUGGAUACAUUGGUCAGAAAGGAAUUGGUUUCAAGUCUGUUUUCCGAAUUACUGAUGCACCAGAAGUGCAUUCCAAUGGAUACCAUAUCAGGUUUGAUGUAAACAGUGGACCUAUGGGGUAUAUACUUCCACACUGGGUAGCAGAGGAAGAGAGAAUCAGUCAGGAUGAAUGGAUGACUCAUAUAAUACUGAGGUUAAAGCCAGACAUGAGGGUACAGACACGAACGCUGGCUGCCAGGUUCAAUGAUAUACAUCCUUCACUGCUACUUUUCUUGCAUCGCCUCAGAGAGAUAACUAUAGAAAACAAGGUAGAGAAAAGUGUACAGACAAUGAGAAGACGAGAUGUAGGUGACAAUGUAAUAGAAAUACAACACAGACACGGCUGUGAGAGGUGGCUUGUCAUCAAAAAGAUGCUGGAUGCCAGAAAGAUCUCCAUGCAGGCCAAAUCAGGGGCAGAUGUUGAAUCAACAGAAAUAGCCCUAGCAUUCCCACUCAAACAACAAGGACAGACAAUAGCUCUUAAAGCAAUGCCACCGAAGCAGCCAGUGUUUGCUUUUCUACCAUUAAGAAGCUAUGGAUUCAGGUUUAUCAUCCAAGGUGACUUUGAUGUACCAUCAAGUCGUGAAGACGUUGACCGGGACAGUCCAUGGAAUCAGUGGCUUAGAAAUGAGAUACAUGUGGCAUUUUUUGAAGCUCUAGAGGUUUUCAAGACCCAUCCAGAAUUCAACAGUAUGGAAGCAGUAUGUACAUUCCUUCAGUUUGUUCCUAUGGAAGAUGAGGUUCUAGAUUUCUUUAAACCAGUUGCCUCGGACAUAUUGAAGAAACUGAGAGCAAAACCAUGUGUUCCAACACAGCCAAAUAGUCAAGGUGUUGUAAGUUGGAAGAUUCCCUCGCAAACCGUUAGAGUUCGAGACCCACUUGUCCGAAGUGUUAUCACAGCUGACCAGCUACAAACUCACCUCAACCUGUUCUACCUUCAUAGUGAUGUAGCAGCGAUGCUGAACCCAACCUUGACCUCUUGUCUAGGCAUUGAGACCUUGACCUCUGACCAUUUGUUCCAGCUAGGAAAAGCACUUGUAGUGAACAUGGGGACACAUUACACAAAAGAGGAAGACAUAAUUCUUAUAGCAAAAUGGAUGGCAUGUAUGUACCGUAGUUUGGAUGAGUUUCAUCAAGACGAUAUGAUACUGAAAAAUCUCAAGUGCAGUCGUAUAUUACCUUUGGUAAAUGGGGAGCUGGUUGCCUUGCAAGACAAAACAGUGUUUUAUCCUAUUGAAGAUGCUAGCUCACAGAAAAACAAGAAAAACGACACUUUAAACCUAAUUCAGCAGGAUAUUAACAGCCUUCACCCCUUACUGCUCAACACAGAUGAUGAUGAGGUGAACAGCCAGGUUCACAAACUCUUGUUGAGAAUAGGAAUCAAACAGUUAUCUCCCUUUGAUGUGAUCAACCACCAUAUUAUCCCAGUCAUGAAGUCUGACAUUUGGCAGACCAAGUCAAAUGAAAUGCUAGUUGCCUACUUGAUAUACAUCAAGGAACAAACAGAGAAACAAAAUUCUGUCUGCAAUAUAGAGGAGAUCAAAGACGUUGCUAUGGUGAAAACCGAUCAAGGCUUCAAGAAUCCAACCAGAGAACCAGUCCAUUUCCCACCAAAAUAUGGGAACUCAGUCAAGCUGCAAGAAAAGUUUUCUGGCUAUGACUGGACACUGCUGCAUGAUUGCUAUUUACCUGAGAUUUGCUCACAGCCAAUGAUUGUUAGCUGGAUGGAGUUCUUCAAGAAGCUUGGUGUGGAGGAAUUCUUGUCUAUCAGGCAAACAGAAAUACAUCUCACGAGAGAAGACGUGGUCUCCUCACCUUGGAGUGAAUACAGUUCUCAGUGGCCAAAUGAUAAGACAGAGUUUGUCAUACAUGACUAUCACUGUGCCGAGCUGGAGGGACUUAUCAUGAGGAACCGGAUUCCUGCGGGAGACAUGUAUGCCGAUCAAAUGAAAUAUUUAUGUACAUAUCUGGAUAAAAACUGGGAAAGCAAAUUCUCAAAAUACUGUACUACCCAUGUUCAUGAUAAAGAUGGAAUUCCUAUUAAGGAAACAUGCACUUCAUUCAGUAUUUUGCUAAAAACUGCAAAAUGGUUGCCAGCAACACAAACCAUAACCAGUCAGCGUUGUGACGGGACCCUGUCUCAUAAAUAUGAGACAGUCAUGAAGGAACCCUCAUGCUUGUAUUUACGGUCAGAUGCUGUCAAGAAACUCCUCUCAGACAAAGUGCUAUACUUGAAUGUGCAGAUUGCAGGGGAAUCGUUUUAUCAAUUCCUUGGUCUAAAGAAUACUGUUUCCAUAGAAACGGUGAAGGAAUAUGUUUUGAAAUGGUGUGAAAGAACAACAGAAGGCAGUGCAGCGACGUUAUGUACAUCACUUGAACACAUGAGGAAUGUGUACAGUUUCCUAGGUAAAGAAUUGAAACGGAAAGAAUUUCAAGACUUAUUAAGAGAAAAGCCAGUAUUCUUUGUGCCAGAUAAAAGUUCCAGUCAGACUUACAAUAAGUCAGAAUGUGUGUCAGGUAAAUUGUUGAAUAGGAAUGAAAUUUGGUUUUCAGAUAAGACUGGUUUGUUUGAUAAAUACAGACAAAUACUGGAAGAGUUUCAUUCUGAUAUUUGCCGUAAAAGAACUAUUGAAGGCUUUUACAGUGAUAAGAGUGAACUGGUGGAGCUCUUCAAACAGGAAGGUAAAUUAGACCAACAGCCAAAGGUUGAAGAGUAUCUGGAACUUUUGUGUCUGCUGUGUAGUACGAGUUCUCCAAAGGAUGCAAGGAUUUUAUCUGAUGUGUUGUACAUUUUCUCAACAAUUGGUCAGGCUCUUGUUACAGGACCAGAAGGUAUGCCAGAUGAGCAGACAGCAAAUAUGGCUCUUGAUGCACUUAAAUCAACUGUGAGGACAACUCUUCAGAAAAAGAAGGUUUUCCCAACAAGCAAACAAGUGUGGGUGAGUGUAGAGGAUAAACCUUUGAUUGGUGAUAAUAGAGAAUUGGAGAAGAUGUUCUGGGACAAACCAGGUGUUCAUUUCCUUGAUAUGGAAGACCAGGCCACAAAGAUCCUCAAAGCAAAGAAAGGGAAAGCUAAAGUUAAGAAAGGCACACUUAAUGUAUUUGACAGUCAGAGACAUCAAGAAUGGAUAGAUGAAGUGGUUGAAGUUUGCGGUAUCAAGAAGUUAAGUGAAGUUCUGGACAUCGAGCCGACCCCCGACAUGAUAGAACCGUGUAAAGAUCUACAGCUGUACUUCAGUAAGAUUAUACCAUACAUACAGCAAUAUUUGAUGGCAAGAUACAGUGACGUGUACCAGGAGCUAGAACAGAUCAAAACAAAGGACAUGCUGAAAGAUGCAAAAUUCUUUCAGGCCGGCAAGCUUGAAGUAAGUUACUGGUUAACAUCAAUGACCAAAGACACAUUUGUUGUACAAGAAGUGAAGUGUAACAUAACACCACCCGAGUUCUAUUUCCAUAAAGAUCACGUCGCCGCUGUAUCUGAGAUAAAUAAAGAAGUAGCUAAAUAUUUCAGCCGUGGAGAUAGCGAGUGUAAUACUGCUCUCAGAUCAUUUCUGUCAGAGUGUUCAAAUAUAAUAUCAGGAGUAACUGCAGAAACUAUUGAAGCAGUUCUACAGAGGCAUGAAGCAGAUGGUAUAGAGGUAGCAGAUGAUGAAAAAUGGGUGGUAGAACCACCACUUAUAGAAAUACCAGUAGAAACACCACCUGAGCCAGAAGAAGAAGAAGCUGUAGUUGAAACUGAAGUUCAGCAGGAGACAGGACCUGAAGUUAAACGAGAAGAGCCGUUUGAGAUGAGACAUUGGCCACCUGUAGGAGACCACAGGAACAUACAUCAAGGAGGUACACAGGAUAGAAUCUCGAAAGGUCGGUUACCUAGGGAAGCGCAUGAGUAUAGACAGUCACUUAGGAAUCUUCCGACAAACAUCAGGCUUGUUGACAAAGAGGAAUAUGGGGAGACAGUUGAUAGCACUGAAUCAGGGACCAAAGAUAAUGAAUCCAAAAACAAAUUGAAUGAGUCUGAUGAAGACACUGAUAGAAUAGAGAGAAGGAAAAGGAAGCUGUCAAGUUGCGACGAGGAAGGAAGUGUCAAGCGACAGUCUAAGGAAGGUCGAAGAGAAUAUAUACAUGAUGGAAAACACACAGAAGCCAGUGGUGAUGAGAGGAGUACAAGAGGCAACAGAGGUGAAGGUCACUACAGGUCAGUAAAUAUGGAAGGUCAGUCUGGCAGGUUCAGGGAUGAAGAAGCUGGCCCUGCAUCUAGCAAUGAAGAAAGUGGACACAAACCUAAAAAUGAUGAAGAUGAUAGUGACAGACAGAAGUUGAAACACAGACAGAAUGAAGAUGAUGAUCAACAUGAUGAUAACUACCAAUAUCAAAGAAGACAACGGAGGAGAGGUGACCCAAUUUGGAGCACCAUGGCAACAGAGUACACAUUUGAUGAGCUUGGAUAUGGUGAAGAUCUUCCAGUACCCUUGAACUUAGAAGAAGGUGCGGCUGACCCUGAGAUAGGACGAUGGGGUGAACAACUUGUUGCUCAUUAUCUUGAAAAACAAAAAGAACUUGGAAAUAUUAUUGGUUAUCUGUGGAGGAACAAAGAGGAGGAGGCAGGAUUUCCAUUUGAUUUUGAAGUUCAAAUCCAAGAUGAAAAUGGCACUCGUAAAGACUACAUUGAAGUGAAGAGCACACAGUCCAGCGACAAAGAAGUGUUUCAGAUAUCAGUGCAACAGAUAAAAUUUGCAGAUGAGAAAGGAGAUGGAUUUCAUAUUUAUCGAGUUUUCAAUGCUGGACAUUCAGAAAAGGUGCGGUUGAUACGUAUCACUGACUUGAAUAUGCGUCUUUCAACAAAACAGGUUAAACUUUGUAUGAUGAUCUGAUGUGUACACAUAUCAAACCCGAGUAUCAGCUAGAGUGUCUGUGAAAUAAAUGCAUAUUAAGCUGAUUAAAUGUUUUACCUGUCAUUUUUGUUUAGUGUGAAGACUGAAUACAAUCUGUAUUGGAUAUAUUAAAAUUUAUCAAUCAAAGUUCUUUAAAGCAUAGUCAAGAAAUUGGACUCGAGUCUUUUUACUUUUCUUUUUACACAUUUUUAUGCCCCCCCGAAGGGAGACAUAUUAGUUUUCAACUGUCCGUUCGUUCGUUCUUCACAACGUUAACUUUUUGCAUGAAGGCACUUUACUCGUGAACCACUGCACGCAGGACCUUCAAACUUCACAUGCUGAUAGUACUUAUUAAGUACACCACCCCUACUGACUGGGGUCACCAGGUCAAAGGUCAAGGUCACAGGGGCCAACGUUAACUUUUUGCAUGAAGGCACUUUACUCGCGAACCACUGCACCCAGGACCUUCAAACUUCACAUGCUGAUAGUUCUUAAUGAGUACACUACCCCUACUGAC